AUGUCUGCCAUUUUCAAUUUUCAGAGUCGGUUGACUGUAAUCUUGCUGCUUGUAUGUUCCUGUGUUUAUAUCCCAUCCUUGGUACACAGCUUCCUGGACAGAAGUAAAACUGGACUGUUGGGUAUAUUUUGGAAACAUUCCAGAAUUGGUGAACAGCAGAGUCCUUAUGUUGCAGUGUGCUGUAUAGUGAUGGCCUCCAGCUUCCUCUUCGCGACGCCGUGGAGGGCGAUGACAGCGAGCGGAGGCCCCACCUCCCACAAUUCUCCUACUCUGCCAGUGGCAUGGCCUGAGGAGGCCAGCAGCGCACUCCGGACGAUGCUGGCCCUGGGGGACCGGGAGGAAGCCUCCCAGACCAUCUGA